AUGAAUCUAUUCUCUAAAACUGGAAUAAAUACUGAUAAUAUAAAUUUAUGUGAAUCAUAUUAUUCAAAAAAUGCGAAUAAAAAUAACAACGAUGAUAUAAUUAGUAGUAUGGAUUUAUCGGAUAAUAACACGAUAAAAAAAUAUAAUAGGUUUGGAAGGGGGUAUAAAAAUAAUAUUAGUGAUGGUGAUAUACACUCAGAAAAUGGAUAUUAUUCUAAUGACAAUCUUUAUAAUUCCGUGAAAAAUUUUUAUAAUAAUCUUUCUAACAAAAAUAAGGAAGGUAUAGAAAAUAUAGAGAGUAAUUAUUUCGAAUAUUUAAAUAAAAAUGAAUACAAUGGUGAUAAUUAUGAUAACUUCCCAGUAGAAGAAUAUAUAAGUAAUAUUAAAAAAAAGGACAUACCGGGUUUUAAGCAAUAUUUAAAGAAAUUCAUAAACAACUCAAUGAAUAAUGAUGAAGAAAGAAUUAGAAUAAAAAAGGAAAAAAUAUAUGAAAAAAUACCCAUAACAAAUAAUGAUUACAUGGAAAAUGAAUAUUUGAAGAACAUUAAUGAAAAUAAUAUUAAUGAUGCUAUACUUAAAUAUAAUAGUUUAAUUAAUUCUUCUAAUUUUUUGGAACCUUUUAAUGAUGGAGAAUAUCGAAAUGACUAUGAUAAUUUUGACUUAUUUGGAAUUAAUAAAACACAGAUGCCUUUAAAUAAUAUGGAUUUAUUUGAAAAUGAGAAAGAUGGAGAAAUAUAUAUAGAGGAAGAUUACGAAGAGUUAGAGAGGGAAACAAAACCAAAAAGAGGAAGGCGAAAAAAAAAUACAAAACCAACUAAAUCAAAAAGUAGAAAAAGUCAAAGCUUUAUAGAUGAUCAAAUAGCUGAUGAAAGUUGGAAAAAAUCCAAUAGUAAUGAAUCUAAAUUUAUAGAAGAUGAAGAAUCUAUUAUGAAAAGAAAAAGUAUAUUAGAAGAUACAAGGGAAAAUUAUAUACACAACGAAGAAAAUGAAGAUUUGGAAUAUAACGAAAAAAAUUAUUACUAUAAAAAAUAUUUAAUAAAUAAUAUAUUUUCUAAUAUAUCAAAAAUUGUAUCCAAUAAUAAUAAUGAAGAAAUAUAUGAAGAAAAUGAUGACGGAAUAACAAAUUUUAUUUCGUCAAAAAACAUGAAUCGCAAUAAUGAAGAAGUUUUAGAAGUAUUCCCUUCUCACCAAAAUUUGAACGUUUUACAGAAUUUUGAAAAUAGUUAUAAACAAAAUGUAGGCAGCGAUAAUGCUAGAUAUAACAAAAAAUACUAUUCUAUCAAAGAAGAAAAUAAUCCAGAUAGUAAUAGUAGUAAUAAUGGAAAUAAUAUCCGUGAUAAUUAUAAUAACUACACUAACUACAAUGAUAGAUACAAUAAUACAUCGAAAAAUCCAAUGAGAAAGAAUUCCAAAAAUUUUUCAGAUGAUAAUAAAAAUGAAUAUAAUAAUAUUAAAAAUUAUUAUGAGUAUAAGAAAUGUUUUGAUAAAAUAAACGAAAAUCUUUGUGUCGAUUCUGAUGUUAAUAGUACUAAAAAAUCGAAUUACUUACAUGCCCCAAGUAUUACUACUUCUAUUUCUAAAACCCGAACAAACACAAAUAAUACCAUUAACGAUGAUUUGAAUAACAAUAUAAGUAACGAAUAUAUUUUAAACGGAAAACAUGGUUAUAAUAAACAUGAGAAAAUUUUAAGUAGCUAUAUGUGUGACAAACAUAUUAAUUCAAGUGAUAUAAAUAAUUUUCGUAAUAAUAAUCAUUAUUUAAAUAUAAGAACAAAUAGUAAUGAACUGAUUAGUAAUAAAGAAGAUGUAGAAAAUUAUUAUUCAAUGAUGCAACAUAUUUCCAAAAAAGGUAAUCAGUAUGCAUCAGAUAGUGAUGAUAAUUCCAAUAAUCUUCCCAAAAAUAUACAAAUAAAUUCUUUUUAUAACAAAUUAAAUCAUGAUAAUAAUGGUCGUAAUACAAUUAAUAAUAAACCAGAACAUUUUUACAACUAUAUGUUUGAAAAUAGUUCUAGCAAUACUAAUAAUUUUGAUAAUAUAAAUUCUGAUACCAAUAUAAACGGCACAAUUAAAGAUAGUAACAUGGAUAGUACCAUCGAAAAUAAUGUAAAUAAUAAUCUCAAUAAUAAAUUUAGUAAUAAUUAUUUUCUAGGAACAAAUAUGGGUAAUAAAAACGGCCAAAAUAAUACCUGUAAUUAUCCACACCAUGAAAUACAAUCAGCCGAAAAAAAUAUAAUAAGAAACAGCCAGAUUUGUGAUACCCACUAUAAUAUUCUUAAUAAUUACAGUAAAACUCAUAAUUGUGAUAUAAAUAUGAAGCAUUCAAAUGGGCCGAAUGAAAAAGUUUAUUCAUGCCGUAGAGGUGACGAAGAAAUUAUCAAAAAAAACAACCCCUCUCUAUGUAAAAUAUGGGAGGAAGAAGAGGAAGAGCCUCAACAAGGCGAGGACGAAAUGAACGAAGAGCGUGAAAACGGUACUGAUCACUAUAAUAAUAUGCAUAUUUCCAGUAGGCGUAGCAAAUGUAUACAUAACAUUAACAUGCAUAGUAGAAAAGGAUCACAUAUGAAUGGAGGAAGUUUACCACUUCCUUUUUUAAAGUAUGAAAACAUGAAUAGUAAAAUCAUGGGGAAUAAAUCCAUUAGUAUCCCCAAGAUUCAUAAUCUGAACAAUACACACAAACAUCACCACUAUAUUAUAAACAAUCAAAACAAUGAGAGCAUAUAUCCCAAUUAUAGCGACAAAAAUAAUAUAAGUUCAAACUUUUCGAACGAUGAAAAAAGUUUUGAAAAAAAAAAAAAAAAUGAAAAUAACAUUUUACAAAAUAUGGGUAUGCACAUUUUAAAAAACAAUGACAUUAACAUUGAAGAUGAUAGUGGUGAUAAUAUUAGCAGCAAUAAUUUUGGGGAUAAUUACCUUAAUGAGGAAAGUGAAAAUAAUUUAAUAAAAAAUCGUUUGGAUACACACUCAAAGGAUAAUUAUAUUGACAAAAAAUUACAAUUAAUAUUAGAAGAAAAAAAAACAAAUAGGGACAUUGAAAAUCAAUUAAUUUCGAUGCCAAGUAAUAAUAUAUACAAUAUUAGGAAUAAAAAAAACGAGGGGGAAUACGAUUAUUAUAUGAAUAAUUCAGAUACCGAAAAAAUAAAUUUUAAAAAUACUAUUGAAAAUUAUAAUUAUUCGAACGAAAUCGCUAGAGGAAGGGCACUUGAGUCCAUACCUUCCGGGGUCGCAUUACCAUUACCGAAUGGCUGGAUAAAUAAACAAAAAUUAAGUGUAAGUAAAAAGAUUGAAAUUGUCAAAAAAAAUGAAAAUAAUAACGACCGAAAAGUUAUUCGCAAUUUAUCAAAUAUUGUCCCCAAUAAAUACUUUGAAUAUUUUAACAAUUCCUUUUUGCAAAAAAAUAAUAAUUUUUGUUUGCAUCAUCUAAAGUUGUUUAAUUUAAAUAAAUUGAAUGAAAAUAAAAAAUUAAAAGAACAAAAUUUAUUAAAUAUAAAUAAUAAUAAUUAUAAUAGCAUUGUAAGUCAUAUAAACAAAAAUAUAUGUGAAAAUAAAAGGAACACACUCGAUAAUAGACGAAAUAAUAUCAAAAAUAUUAGUAGUGACGAUAAUAAUGACGAAAGUCAAUCCAUUAAUUUAAAAAAAAAAAUUAAUAAAAUAAAUAGCGAUAAAUAUUAUAAUUUUAUUGCCAGUUUUAAAAGACCAGAAUAUGUGUGUGAUAAACAUAAAAUGAUGCUCGAGAAUCUUAAUAAAAAUGCUUUCAAUAAGCACGAACUUAAUAUGCCAACAGAAAUAAAUCGAUACAAUCAUCCUGAUGAGUAUAUUGUGAAUGAAAAUAAAAUAAAUAAUUUGGAGUCAGAAGAGAAAUUAAUGCCAAAUAUAAGAAAUGAAGAAUAUUUUUAUAAUUAUGAUUUAAGUAAUGAAGAAGAUGAACAAAAUGAAUAUGAAAAUGAUAUUGACAAUAGUUAUAUUGGUGGAAUGAGAAAGAGAAAUAAAAAUGAGCACUUUCAAGAUCACAACAUUUUUAACAGAACAUUUGUAUUGCCAAAAAGGAAAAUUAUACAUUCGGAUUUAGUUCAUCAUUUUAAUAAAAAUAAAUUAGAAGAAAUGCAUGAAGAAAAUAGUAAAUAUUAUAUGUACAAUAAAUAUAAUUUAAAUAAAAAUAGAGGACGAAAAAAAAGCAUUUCUCCAGUUGCAAAUAAUUAUGAAUGCAAUAUCAAAAAUGAAUAUGAUGACAACAAUAUAAAACCAAAUUCAGGAAAUGAAGACAAAAUUGGUAAUACUGAGGAUAAUAAUAACGAAAAUAUUAAAAUUGAAAAUAACAAUAAAUAUUAUGAUGAUAAUUAUUAUAAUACAGAUGAUAAUGAAGAAGAAGAGUAUAAUGAUAGUUCUCUUUGCAAUCAAAAUGAAUUGAAAAAAAUAUCUCAAAUUGAAAAUAUAAUAUCUAGAAAGAUGAGAUCAAAAAAAAAUCGUGAUCCUAACAAUCCUAUGAAUGAAUCAUAUGAUGAUGAUGAAAGUGAGUUAUAUAAUAAUAUUGAAUUUGAUCGAAUUAAAAUUGAUAAUAUUCUUGCUGGUACAAUAAAUUUAGAAGAUAAAAAUGAAAAUUUAAUUAAUAAUAUACUAGAAUUGGAAAGACGAAAAUAUACAAUUAACUGUAUUAUAGACACAUUACGAAAGGACAAUAAUACUGAAAAUAUGAUAGAUAGCAAAAAAGAGUUGAAAAAUAGAAUUAAUCCAAGCAUUUAUGAAUUAUAUUCAGAUAAAUAUAAUUAUAAUAUAUAUAAUACAAAAAUGUGUGUAAAUUAUUUUCUAGAUGAAAAAUUGCAUUCACCUGAAAAUAAAGAAUUUAUACAACAAUUCUUUGUUGAAAAAACUACUAAAAAUGUUUAUUUUGUACAAGUGUUUAAAAAUAAAAAUAAGGGUCAAAAGAAUAAUAAAGACAGUCCUCGUAUGAGUGCCAAAGUGGGCAAUAACAGUGAAAUUCAUAAUAAUAAUUUUGAAAAUAAAAAUAUGACCAUUAACCAAGUUUACAGUGAGGAAAAAACUCCAGUAUUGCAGCAUUCAAACAAAAUAUUCGAAGAAAAAUACAAUAGUUUUGUUAAAAAUAAAUUAAAUGAAAAAAGUUUUAGUACAUUUCCAUCAAAUACAUGUUCUGAGGAUACAAAAAAUCCAAGUGUCGAUUUCUCAGAAAUGAUGGAUAAAAAUGAAGAUGAAGAGAAACAAGACGAGAAUUAUACAAACUCUGGCAUAGAAGAUAAUCAUACUGAUCAAGAAAAAGUAAAAGAGGAUGAUAGAAAUGAGGAUAAGAUAAAUGAAAACAAUAAUACUCCAAGCAAAGCUGAAUAUUUUAAUUACCAAUUAGGGCUGCUAAUAGACAAAUUUUAUAAAUUUAGCAAAAAUAAUCGUGAAAUGGAUAAAAAAGAAACCGAAGAAGAUGAAAAAAAGAAGACACCUCGAAAUGAAAAUGAUCAAAAUUUCUUCGAUGAAUAUAAAAUGUAUAUUGAACAAAAUAAACAAAUCGAAAAAAAUGAGGUAAACUAUCUCGAAAUCAAAGAUACACAAAAAAUUCAAAUGAAUCGAGAUAGGCACAAUAUUGAAGGAGAAAAGGUCGAAAAUAAAAAUAUAUUGAAUCAAGAAACAAUAGUACGAAAUCUUGGAGAACCAAACGAAUUUGAAAUGAUUCAAACUAAUAAACAAAAAAAAGAUGAUGAGAAUUAUGAGAAAAAUAAUUUUUCUUUAGAAGGAAAAUUAAAUAUAAAUCCAAAAAUAGGAGAACUAGAUGAACUAGACGAAAUAGAUGAAAUAGAGGAUAUUAGAGAAUAUAAAAGGGAACUAAACGACGAUAAUAUAGAAAUUGAAAAAAAUAAAUUACAAGAUUUGUCUAUACAACCAAAUUUAUAUGGUAUAAUAAGAAAUGAAACAAAUUAUAUGCUUUUUGAGGAUGAAGGAGUUGAUGAUGAUGAUGAUGACGAUGAUGAAGAAGAAGAAGAGGAGGAAGAAGAAGAAGAAUAUGAUGAUGAUGAGGAGGAGGAAGAGGAAGACGACGAAGAAGAGGACGAAAAUAAUACAAUAAUAGAAGAAAUAAACAAUAUAGAGGAAUAUAACAAAAUUAAUGAUAACGAUCAAACUAAAAAAAAUAGUAUUGAGCAAGAGCAUACUUUGAAAACUGAAAAUAAUACGGAUUAUGAUAAAUACAGUAUAAACAUAAUUGAUGAUAAGAAUAUUGUUGAGGAGACAAUGAAAAGUGACAUUAACAAACAAAAUAUACCAUUUUGUGAUAGAAAUCAUAUUUUUUUAAAAAAAGAAGAUAAUAUUACAGAAAUAAAAGAAGACAAUGGUGAAUUCAAAAAUAAUGCAGAUAUAAAUAUUAGUAAUUUAGAAGAAGAUAAAAGAAAAAUGGAAGAAUUUGUAAAUAGUUUUCAAGAAAAUCAAAAUAAAAUGAUGAACGAUAUAAAAAUUAAAACUGAAAAUGAAUUUGAAUAUUCUGAAAAUAGCAAUCUGAGUUAUAAAGAUAAACAUUAUUAUAAUGAAUAUGCACCCAAUUUUGAUAAAUUUGAAAAAACUCAUGAAUUAAAUACUUACAGAAAUGAAACUAGCUUAGUAAAUUAUAAAAAUGAAGAAAAUAAUGACAUAAAAAAUACACAAAAUAAUAAUAAUACUGAAAAUGGUAAUUUCAAAGAUAAUGGGAAUAUAUGUCAUAAUAAUAACUAUGUUGAUGUUAACCAAAACAAUCAAAUAAAUCAUGAAAAUAAAAGCACAGAAUUGGAUAUUAAAAACUUACUCAAUAGUGAUAAUAAUUUAUUUAAAAGCAUAAACGGAAAAAAUAUAUUUAUAAAAGAUAUGGUAAAUGAAAAUAGUCAAUAUGCACAUGAUUAUUGUGAUAUUGAAGAUAAUGUAAAAUAUAAAAUGUUAGAUCAAUCAAAAAAAGAUAAAAUAGAGAUAAUAAAAACUAAAAUAAAAAAAAACAAAAAAUUAACCAAAGACGAUUUCAAAUUGUUAUCUGAAGUAUUACAUCAUAAAUUCUUAUUAAAUGAAAUAAGUGCUAUUGGUAAUUACAAAGUAAAUUGUAAAAAUUCCUAUGGUAUAUUGGAGCUCGAAGAAUAUAAAUUACAAAAAGAAACACAAGGUAUGACUUGUGAUUGUUUAUCAAUUGGAUUAACAACAUACGAAAAAGAGUUUUUACAUGAGUUUCAACUGUUUAUGCCUGAUGUAAAUAUUAUGGAUGAUAAAAAUAUUUUAUAUAUAUUGAGGCAUUCAAAAGAUGAGAAAAAAUGUGUUUUUAUGCCCUUUUUAGAGGAAAACAAAACUGCCUUGUAA